AUGUCUCUCAUUGAUCAGGGAGCACAAUUUGAUAUGGCUGAUAAUAAGGGUAUCACACCUCUUCACAGGGCUUCAUCGAAUGGUCAUCUUGAUGUCGUGAAAUAUCUCAUUGAUCAAGGAGCACAAGCUAAUACGGCUAAUAAUGCGGGUGGCACACCUCUACACAGUGCAUCAUUGAAUGGUCAUCUUGAUGUCGUGAAAUAUCUCAUUGAUCAAGGAGCACAAGCUAAUACGGCUUCUAAUGCGGGUCACACAUCUCUCCACGGUGCAUCAAUGAAAGGUCAUCUUGAUGUCGUGAAAUAUCUCAUUGAUCAAGGAGCAAAAGUUAAUACGGCUGAUAAUGCAGGUAUCACCCCUCUCCACGGUGCAUCAUUCAAUGGUCAUCUUGAUGUCGUGAAAUAUCUCAUUGAUCAAGGAACACAAGCUAAUACGGCUAAUAAUGCGGGUGGCACACCUCUACACAGUGCAUCAUUCAAUGGUCAUCUUGAUGUCGUGAAAUAUCUCAUUGAUCAAGGAGCACAAGCUAAUACGGCUGAUAAUAAGGGUGUCACACCUCUCAACAGUGCAUCAUUGAAUGGUCAUCUUGAUGUCGUGAAAUAUCUCAUUGAUCAAGGAGCACAAGCUAAUACGGCUGAUAAUGCGGGUGGCACACCUCUCAACAGGGCAUCAUUCAAUGGUCAUCUUGAUGUCGUGAAAUAUCUCAUUGAUCAAGGAGCACAAGCUAAUACGGCUGAUAAUGCGGGUGUCACACCUUUCCAAAUUGCAUCAUUGAGAGGUCAUCUUAAUGUCGCGAAAUAUCUCAUUGAUCAAGGAGUACAAGCCAAUACGGCUGAUAAUGGGGGUGGCACACCUCUCACCAGGGCAUCAGCGAAUGGUCAUCUUGAUGUCGUGAAAUAUCUCAUUGAUCAAGGAGUACAAGCCAAUACGGCUGAUAAUGCGGGUGGCACACCUCUCACCAGGGCAUCAUUGAAUGGUCAUCUUGAUGUCGUGAAAUAUCUCAUUGAUCAAGGAGUACAAGCCAAUACGGCUGAUAAUAAGGGUGGCACACCUCUCACCAGGGCAUCAGCGAAUGGUCAUCUUGAUGUCGUGAAAUAUCUCAUUGAUCAAGGAGUACAAGCCAAUACGGCUGAUAAUAAGGGUGGCACACCUCUCACCAGGGCAUCAGCGAAUGGUCAUCUUGAUGUCGUGCAUUAUCUCAUUGAUCAAGGAGCACAAGCCAAUACGGCUGAUAUUGCGGGUUUCACACCUCUCCUCUGGGCAUCAUUGAAUGGUCAGCUUGAUGUCGUGAAAUAUCUCAUUGAUCAAGGAGUACAAGCCAAUACGGCCGAUAAUGAUGGUAAAACACCUCUCUACUAUGCAUCACAACUGGGUCAUCUUGAUGUCGUGAAAUAUCUCAUUGAUCAAGGAGCACAAGCCAAUACGGCUGAUAAUGCGGGUGGCACACCUCUCCACUGGGCAUCAGCGAAUGGUCAUCUUGAUGUCGUGAAAUAUCUCAUUGAUCAAGGAGCACAAGCCAAUACGGCUGAUAAUAAGGGUGUCACACCUUUCCACUGUGCAUCAUUCAAUGGUCAUCUUGAUGUCGUGAAAUAUCUCAUUGAUCAAGGAGCACAAGCCAAUACGGCUGAUAAUAAGGGUGUCACACCUCUCCACUGUGCAUCAUCCAAUGGUCAUCUUGAUGUCGUGAAAUAUCUCAUUGAUCAAGGAGCACAAGCUAAUACGGCUAGUAAUAAGGGUGUCACACCUCUCCACUAUGCAUCAUUCAAUGGUCAUCUUGAUGUCGUGAAAUAUCUCAUUGAUCAAGGAGCACAAGCUGAUACGGCUGAUAAUGAUGGUAAAACACCUCUCUACUAUGCAUCACACCUGGGUCAUCUUGAUGUCGUGAAAUAUCUCAUUGAUCAAGGAGCACAAGCUGAUACGGCUGAUAAUAAUGGUAAAACACCUCUCUACUAUGCAUCACACCUGGGUCAUCUUGAUGUCGUGAAAUAUCUCAUUGAUCAAGGAGCACAAGCUAAUACGGCUAAAAAUGCGGGUAUCACCCCUCUCCACGGUGCAUCAUUGAAUGGUCAUCUUGAUGUCGUGAAAUAUCUCAUUGAUCAAGGAGCACAAGCUAAUACGGCUGGUUAUGCCGGUGUCACACCUCUCAACAUUGCAUCAUUCAAUGGUCAUCUUGAUGUAGUGAAGUAUCUCGUUGAUCAAGGAGCACAAGCUAAUACGGCUGAAAAUACGGGUCACACACCUCUCCACAGUGCAUCAGUGAGUGGUCAUGUUGAUGUAGUGAAGUAUCUCGUUGAUCAAGGAGCACAAGUUAAUACGGCUGAUAAUGCGGGUACCACACCUCUCCACAAGGCAUCAGUGAGUGGUCAUCUUGAGGUAGUAAAGUAUCUCAUUGAAUUAGGAGCUGAAGUUGACAAGACCGGUAGUUUUGGCCAAACCUCUCUUACAGCGGCGUACACCAUGGGUCAUCUUGAUGUCGUGAAGUAUCUUAUUGAUCAAGGAGCACAGCUUGACGAGCCUGAUGAAUCUGGCAUUACUAUUCUUAAGCGUGCAUCAUGGCAUGGGGAUCUUGAUUUAGUUAAGCACCUCGUUCGUCAAGGAGCACAAAUUGACAAGGCCGACAAAGAAGGCACAACAUCUCUCAUGGCUACAUCAAUCCGGGGUCAUCUUGAUGUAGUGAAGCAUCUUAUUGAUCAUGGAGCACAGGUCAAUAAGGCUAAUGAGCCUGGCUGGACUUCACUUCAAUAUGCAUCAAUCCAUGGUCACCUUCAUGUUGUGAAGUAUCUAAUUGACCAGGGAGCGCAGAUCGACAAGACAAAUAAAGAAGGCGAAACAGCUAUCCACGCAGCAUCUCGGGGCGGUCACAUCAACAUUAUUAAGUAUCUCAAGAGUCAACAAGCAAGAUUAGGGGCCGGAUCAAAAGGUAAAUACCAUAUCACUGUUAGACAGUUACAUUAUUUUCGAGAAAAAAGGAUGACUUGA